GCCUGCGUGGCGUUGCCGGAAGCGGCCGGCAGCGGCGGAUGUUGACGCUGCGCGGCCCCGCUGAGGUGAAGUGGGAGGGAAGGAGCGGGUGGCGGCGUCGUCCUGCCUGCAAGCAGCCCGUGUCCCGCCGCGCACUGCAUCGAGAUGGCUGAUGAUAACGAAGACCUGCAGGCAGAUGAAGAGCUUCCAGCUCCAGCUGAGGACAGCUUUGAGCAGCUGGAGAACGACAGCCCCGCUGAGCGCAGUGGGCACGUGGCAGUCACUGAUGGGCGCUGCAUGUAUGUCUGGGGAGGCUAUAAGAAUGCCCAAGUUAGGGGAUUUUAUGACUUCUAUCUGCCUAGAGAUGAAAUAUGGAUCUACAACAUGGAAACUGGAAGAUGGAAGAAGAGUAAAACAGAGGGAGAUGUUCCUCCUUCCAUGUCUGGAAGUUGUGCCGUGUGUGUAGACAGAGUGGUGUACCUCUUUGGAGGACAUCACGCACGUGGCAAUACAAACAAGUUCUACAUGUUAAAUUCCAGAUCCACGGACAAAGUGCUGCAGUGGGUCAGAGUAGAGUGUCAGGGGGUACCCCCUUCUUCAAAGGACAAACUUGGCGUUUGGGUUUACAAAAACAAGCUAAUAUUUUUUGGAGGCUAUGGUUACUUUCCUGAAGGGAAACAACGGGGAACUUUUGAAUUCGAUGAAACCUCUUUUUGGAAUUCAGGUCUUCCUAGAGGGUGGAACGACCACGUGCAUGUUUUGGACACUGAAACUUUUACUUGGAGCCAGCCUAUAACUACGGGUAAAACUCCAUCACCACGAGCAGCUCACGCCUGUGCUACAGUUGGGAACAGAGGCUAUGUGUUUGGUGGCAGAUACAGGGAAUCCAGAAUGAACGAUCUUUACUAUCUGAAUUUGGAUACAUGGGAGUGGAAUGAAAUAAUCACACAAGGCAUUUGCCCAGUUGGCCGAUCAUGGCAUUCUUUAACACCAAUUUCCUCGGAUCACCUCUUUCUCUUUGGAGGAUUCACCACUGACAAGCAGCCGUUAAGUGAUGCUUGGAUAUACUGCAUCAGCAAGAAUGAGUGGGUACAGUUUGAGCAUAACUACUCUGAAAAACCAAGGUUGUGGCAUACUGCUUGUGCAAGCGAAGAGGGAGAGGUGAUCAUCUUUGGGGGCUGUGCGAACAACUUACUUGCCCAUUCAAAAGCUGCUCACAGUAAUGAAAUACUUGUGUUUUCCCUACAACCAAGAUCUCUUGUAAGGCUGUGCCUCGAAGCAGUCAUUUGUUUUAAGGAGAUGCUGGCCAGUUCCUGGAAUUGCCUCCCCAAGCACUUACUGCACAGCGUCAACCAGCGGUUUGGCAGCAACAACACCUCGGGCUCCUGAGCCCUCUGCAGACGUUGCUGACCAAGCUGUGUGUGGAUGAGCAGCUCGAAGAUGUAAUAAUUCUACCAAGUGUGGCAAACAUUAAACCUGUAUAGAUUAAGUAUCUUGAAGUGUGUUGUGUAUUGUCAUAGAUAGUUGCUUCUUACCUUUUAAGUUGCAUGUGAAUGGCCUAGAGAGAACCUAUUUUUGUGUAAAGAUGUUUGCAAUAAAUGUAUUUAAUGCAA